UCCUUCACUCUUGGAAUGUUUUAGGACUGACUAAAAACAGUCAACAACAAAUCAGUUUAUACCCAAAUCAAAUUAAUGUUUAUAUUUACAUUUAACUAAAUCAUUUUUCACACAAUUUUUUAGAAAGAAUUUAAUAAAAUAAUUAAUUAAUGAUUAAAUAUUUUGUCGAUAAAUAAGUGUCUAAUAAUCAAGUGUGUUGUAAAGUAAAGUUUGACAGCUAUAUUAACAUUUUGUAUAAUCAAAAUGGAAAAUGAGUGUAAAAUUACUGUAAAAUGGAGUGGAAAAGAAUAUGAGAUUUCCAGCAUUUUUGAAAGUGACACAGUAUUAACAUUAAAGGAACGUAUUCACAAAGAAACUGGUGUCCGGCCAGAAAGACAAAAGCUUCUCAAUCUCAAAUUUAAAGGAAAACCGGCACAAGAUGAAAACACAAUUGGAAUGCUGGGCAUUAAAAAGGGUUUUAAACUCAUGUUAAUGGGAUCACGAGAAGAAGAUAUCGCAGAAGUAAGUCAAGCUCCUGAAAAUCUGCCAGACGUAAUAAAUGAUCUCGAUAUUGAAGAAGAGGAAGUGGAAAUUGAAAAAGCCGAAGUCUACCUUUCAAAAAUUCAAAAACGAAUAGACAAUUAUACAGUUGAAGAAUUAAAUCCACUUCGUGAGGGGAAAAAAUUACUAGUUCUCGAUAUAGAUUACACUUUGUUCGAUCAUAGAUCAGUUGCAGAAUCUGGCAUAGAAUUAAUGAGACCAUUUUUACAUGAAUUUUUAACGCGAGCUUAUAAAGAUUAUGAUAUUGUUAUUUGGUCGGCGACAAGCAUGAAAUGGAUUAAUGAAAAAAUGAAACUUCUUGGAGUAACAAAUAAUCCUAAUUAUAAAAUUGCCUUUCACUUAGAUUCACUUGCUAUGAUUUCUGUUCAUACGCCAAAAUAUGGUGUUGUCGAUGUAAAACCACUUGGUAUGAUUUGGGGUAAAUAUAAGCAAUUCUCAUCGAAAAAUACAAUUAUGUUUGACGACAUUAGGAGAAAUUUUAUUAUGAAUCCACAGUCAGGUCUUCGGAUAAGACCAUUUAAGCAAGCCCAUUUAAAUAGAUUGAAAGAUCGUGAACUUUUAAAGCUUUCUGAUUAUUUGGAACUCAUUGCUAAACUCGAUGAUUUUCAAUCUUUAAAUCACAGAAAGUGGGAGGAAUAUAGAGCAAAAAAAAUAAAAAAUCAUAGUAGACGAUAUGAAGGAAAUGAAACACAAAAUAUUUAGCAAUAACAAUUUAUACCUUCAGACUGAAUUUUUUGUUUUAUAAAUUCAUUAAGGUACAUUAUUGUCUUACAACAGUUAACUGCUAAGUUACAGUAAUACUAAAAGUAGAAAAGAUUUUGUAAACUAAUAUAUUGCCUGUUUUCUUAAUGUUAUUUUUUUUUCAUUUAAAUAGGGAAAACAAUGAGUGAUUUUCUUUAAACUAAUAUUUUUAAAAAUAAUUUUUUCUUACAAAAAUCUUAAAAAUAAUAUUCCAUUGACUUAUUUUGAUCAAAAAUAGAUUGAUAUUUUAAGUGAAACGUUACAAAAUAUUCUUUGGUCAAACAUAGUAAAUAAAAAACAAUUUUUUAAAAAUAUUUUCUACUUUUAGUUUUAAUUUAUGGCAGCCUAUCAUGAGAGAACUUUUUAAGGUAAAUUGUGCUCCUUAAAAUAAAAUAAUUAUCAGGUAUAUCUUAAAAAGUAUAAAAUUAAUUAAAUAUAGCUUUCAAAAUUUUUCAAAUAAGAUUUAAUGUUUGUUCAAUAAGUAUAAAAUGAUGACGAAUUAUAAUAAACAAGUAUUUUUUAAUUUAUUAUCGAAAAUCAAAAAUAAGAGAAUGUAAUUUUUUUAACACAAUAUUAAUAAGUUUUAUAUAAUGGUGUCAAAUUUACGAAAUUACUUUAACGAACGAUACCUCUAUUUUAAUAUACGCUUGCUUAUAAAGACUGCGCUUUAAAAAACCGAAGACAAUUAAUAUUUAAGUGUUUUGAAAUAAAUACUUGUAUUAAA